UAAACAUUCGCUGGCGGAGCGGAACACGGCAGGACAGAAACAUGUGGGUCGGCAGAAAUGAAUGUCUCUAAUAUAAAGUAAUAUGAACGAAUUAAUUUCGGAACAUGUUGCUGGAUGCUCGGUUAGACAGAUCGGGAAUAUCUAUCAUCUAGUUGUUUGAGAUAAAGCCGCUGACAUGUUUUUGGCGGCUUGUAGGAAGGGCUGGUUGAGCUGUGCUAAAGGACACAUACACAGACUGACUGUCAGCACUGCUGCCACCUGCCACUACGGCUGCCUUGACAAAACAUCUGCAAACUUUCUGCAGAAAAACACUACAUCACAACUGCGAUGGCUUCAGAGACUGAAGACCAGGUGUUGGAGCUCCUCGCUGGACCUGCAUAGAGAAGUCAGUCAUAGAUCAGAUCAUCUCUUCUCUGUUAUAUACAGAGCAAAACUACCGAAACAUCACUGCAGGCUGUGUCUGCCGCUGUCGAGCAGUAGUUUUAGUCUGUAUGGCACAAAUGGGUUUUGUACUGAAGCAUCUCGAAAGCCAGUUUUGGGAGAAAAAUCUUCUGAACAGGAUUCCAGGGAAAAGGAUGAAGAUCAAGGAGACUCCUCACCUGCAGCUAACGAGGGACAUUUCCAGUUUAAAGAGCUGUAUGAGAAUCCAUGGACGAUCCCUAAUUACCUCUGUAUGGCCCGGAUCGUUCUGUCUCCUGUCCUGGGCUAUUUAAUCAUGGAGCAGUAUUUCCACGUCUCUCUGGGGCUUUUUGUACUGGCUGGAGCAACAGACUUGUUGGACGGCUACAUUGCACGUAACUGGCCCAAUCAGAAGUCAGCUUUGGGCAGCGCUCUGGAUCCACUGGCUGAUAAGAUUCUCAUCAGUGUUCUUUAUGUCAGUCUGACAUAUGCACAACUCAUCCCAGCUCCGCUGACAGCAUUGAUCAUUUCUAGAGACAUAGCGCUGAUUGCUGCUGUUUUCUAUGUGCGCUACAAAACAGUUCCACCUCCAGUAACACUCAGUAAAUUCUUCAACCCGUGUUACACCACUGCUCGGCUGAAACCAACACUCAUCAGCAAGGUCAACACGGCAGUGCAGUUGUUUUUGGUGGCGGCGUCUCUCGCUGCGCCCGUGUUUCACUACACUGACAGUGUUUUACUGCAGUCACUGUGGUACAUUACCGCACUGACGACCGCAGUAUCCGGUUACAGCUACUAUCAUUACGGUAAAAAGACUGUUGAGGUGCUGAACAGCACCAAGUAGUUGAAUAGUCAUCUGAGAUUGAGCUUUGACCAAGACAUUUGGAUAAUCAGUCCCUGCGCAGAAUGGAAAUUGAUGCCACACCUUACUUUUGUAAUUGAGACACUUUAGUCUGUAUAAAGUCAAAAUUUAUUUUUUUGAUUACAGUAUUAAAUUCAGCAUAUGGUUUUCAACUCCACGGGAAUCUUUUUUAAAAUCACUUUUAAUGAACUUCAAUUUUCAGAAUAAAAUGGACAUCGAAUACACA